AAAAUUUGGGCCGGUGCACUGCAGGGAGCAACUCGUAGUCUUUAUAAGGAAAGCCUUUCAAAGUUUAAACUGAAUACCAUAAAAAUCCUUCAAUUUUGAGUUUCGCCAUAGUCGUUCUGCUCUCUCUCGGUUAACACUAGUCGCCAAUCGCCUUUACCGCUCGACCGCCGCUCUCCAUUCUUGGCUUUCGGCUCCCCGGCGCUCCGCUCAACGCCCCACUCUCGUUCUCGCUCGCUCUCUCAUCCCCCUACUCCUGAAUCUAAUUAGAUAAUAAUACCAAGGAAUUAUUCCUUUCAGUUUCCACUGAUUACUGCCAUUAAAAGCUGUUGAGCACCAAGGCUUCUCGUGCUGUUUCUCCUGUGCAGCCGCCUGGGUUGGUGCACGAGCGUGUUUGCAAAGAGAAAGGGACUAUUGCUUCACAACUGGGAAUUUUGAGUUCGUAGCUUUCCCUUCUGAUUCUGAGUGAUUGCUGAAUUCAAUGGAUUCUCUGGAAACCAUGAAGCAUGAGGUGCAGACUGUGAAGGAUGCAGUCCUCAAGCUUCAGUUUUCUCUUCUGGAGGGAAUCAAGCACGAGAGCCAGCUCAUGACCUCCAGCGCACUCCUUUCUCAAAGUGACUACCAAGAUGUGGUGACCGAGCGCUCAAUAGCUGGCAUGUGUGGGCACUCACUCUGCACCAAUCCUUUGCCCACUGAACGGCCCUGGAAAGGCCGUUACAGGGUCUCGCUCAAGGAGCACAAGGUCUAUGACCUCCAGGAGACGUACAUGUACUGCUCGACCAGCUGCUUGAUAAACAGCCGGGCCUUUGCUGCAAGUUUGAAGGAGGAGAGGCCCUCAGAUCUGAAGCCGGCAAAACUGAGUGGAAUUCUGAAUCUAUUUUAUGGGCCAAGUUUGGGUCCUGAUGAUGCGGUGACAAGCGGGGGUGGGGAUAUGGGUCUUUCUGGUUUGAGGAUUGAGGAGAAAAUGGGCACAACAGCUGGUGAAGUGUCCGUGGAGGAGUGGAUUGGUCCUUCGAACGCGAUCGAUGGCUAUGUGCCACGGAGGGAAAAAAAUAUGGAACUUGGGUGGUCGAAUAAUGAUAGAGAAAGUGGAAAAAAGGAACACAUUGGACUUUCUUAUGAGGACAUGGACUUCACAAGUGUGAUUAUUACUCAAGACGAGUACAACGUCUCAAAAAUUGUGCCUCCCAUAAAGGAUAAAGAUAAAAAAGGAAAAGCGAGAAGUAAUGAAGUGAAUCACCAGGGUAACCUGACUCAGAAGCCAAAUGCUCCAUCAGCAAGCACUCAAGAAAAGAGAUCCAAAAACUUAAAUAAAUCUAAGGAUGUGAGUACAUCUGAUGGUAAGGUCGGUGUAUUAGAAGAUAAAAUUGUUGGGCCUAGUCAAAAUGUCGCUAAAAAGGGUGGAAAGGAACUCCAGCAGGGAUCCGAGAAAUUUUAUGAUAAGUCUAAGGAUGUGACUGCCAUGGAUUAUAAGGUCUGUGUAAAUGAAAAUACUACUGCUGGUCCCAGCCAAACUGGCGCUCAGACGGAUGGAAAGGAAUCGCAGUUGGGAAAAGAUUUGGCGGCUUCUGUUAGGAAGUCCUCUUUGAAGACUUCGGAUUCAAAUAGAGCAAACAGAUCUGUUACCUGGGCCGAUGAGAAAACUAAUGCUGAUGGGAGAAACCUUUGUGACGUCAAAGAAUUAAAAGAUGAUGAAGUGGGGCAAGAGUCGUACAUAUUCGUAUCUGCUGAAGCCUGUGCAAUGGCUUUAAGCCAAGCUGCAGAAGCUGUAGCAUCAGGAGAAUGUGAAGCAUCUCACGCUGCAUCUGAAGCGGGUGUUAUAAUAUUGCCACCUCCUCAUGGAGAGGGUGAAGUUAAAUCUGAAGAGAAUAGUGAUGUGGUGGAUACAGAACCACUUCAACUAAAGUGGCCUCCAAAACCAGGAUUUUCAGAGGCUGAUCUUCUUGACUCUGAGGAUUCUUGGUAUGAUAGUCCACCAGAGGGCUUUAACUUAUCACUAUCACCCUUUUCCACAAUGUUUAUGGCACUCUUUGCCUGGAUGUCAUCGUCCUCAUUAGCUUAUAUAUAUGGAAAGGAUGAAAGUUUUCAUGAGGAAUACUUGUCGAUCAAUGGGAGGGAGUAUCCUCGUAAGGUUGUUAUGCUGGAUGGCCGCUCGUCUGAAAUUAAGAUAACUCUAGCGGGCUGCAUCUCUCGAGCCUUGCCAGGACUUGUUGCUGAACUGAGGCUUCCCAUACCUAUAUCAACUCUUGAGCAAGGAAUGGGACACUUGCUGGACACAAUGUCAUUUAUGGACCCACUCCCAGCAUUCAGGAUGAAACAGUGGCAAGUUAUUGUCCUUCUGUUUCUUGAUGCUCUUUCAGUCGCUAGAAUCCCUGCGCUCACACAACAUAUGGUUGGUAGGAGGAUUUUGCUUCCCAAGAUCCUUGAGGGUGCACAGAUCAGCAUGGAAGAAUUUGAGAUAAUGAAGGACGUGAUGAUUCCCCUUGGCCGUGUGCCUCAAUUCUCAACUCAGAGUGGAGGCUGAGCAACCAAAAACACGGAUUCAAUGCAAUUAGGAUACCAUUUUCUCCUACUUGUAUUAGACAUUUAUGCUGCUGGGUAUCAAACAUGGAAGUCCCUAAAAUUUGCCACUGAUUUCUUCUGUCUUGAAGAUAAAAGUUGUUUGGGAAGAUAAAAUUGUUUGCAAAUCGGCUAUUGGUUGGAUUUUGACGUAUUAUAUAUUUAAGUGCACCAUACGUGGAUAACAAUGGCACCAUUGCUAGUUGUGCAAUUUGAUAUAUAAUUAUCCGAGGAUCGAAACAGUCUAUGCAAUCAUUUUUAUUAAGGUUUUGUUUGGAUCGAAAGAUUUGAAAGUCCAAGGUUUUUUACAUUUCCUACUUUAUAAUUACGUGUUUGGAUUCAGAUGGAUUUGUGAAAAGGAUUACAUACUCACUCUCUCUGGCUCGGCUCACAGUGACGGUAUUGGCAUGUUGGUGUAGUGUAUGAUACAGAGUUACCGUAUCUUUUGGAAGAGAUCCUUGGAUUAAUUCUGAAGGAUAACGAAGAUGCAUUAUUGGAUUUGGAUCAGGCGCAACCAGCCUUGUGCUUCUUUGUUGGGAGCGUAUUUUAUGUAUUGGAAUGCUCAUCUUUUCUAGACAUGUAAAGUUUGCCACAAGCUUGUCUGCAGAAAAUAUUGUGACUUAAACUGUCACCUCGUCAUUCAAGAUCUGGCUUAUAACUGUCAGAUUGACGAUACGUGACGUGCCGCAUUCUUGCCCUAUAUUUGUGCCUGUGCAGACUCACAGAGAGGGAGGGAGUUGACAUACCUUCAUUUCUGAGUAUGUUAUGUUCUGUGUAUUGCAUUAUGAAGCAUGUGAAGCUGCCACUUGAUUAUAUAUAAGGGGAUGAUAUGACUAAGAAAGAGUACUGUUGGUGGAUCUUGUAAGCAUGAAAUAUUAUAUUAUACAAUAUGAAUGAGGAAAGUUAUCAUUCGUUUGACAAACUUAAAAGUGUUAAACUAAUUUAUAAUCAAG